AAACACUAUCUUCCCGGACAAAUGGGCCUUCCGCCAGCUAAGACGAGAUUUCUUCUUUCGAAUUUAGAGUGAAGAUUUCGAGGAAUACACAUUAAAUCUUCCGUCUUGGACUUACAACUUUUAGUCACCGAAAAUGAAACCGUUUCGAACAGACCAUGCUGUCCAUAGCUUUUGGCGGGAAGUUUAAAUUUUAAUAUUAAUACAGGAAGAGAUUUUAGUUUUGGAUAUUCCACAAGAUAACUUUUAGAUUGUCAAUGCGAUUUUGACAUAAUAUUAUUGAUAACUGAAAACUCCAUGAGAUUAUUUUUCUAAACAACCUGAGAGGCUUUCAAGACCAACAUGACAUUCCGCAAGACUGAUCAUAUGACCAAAUGCGCCAAGUGUCGUUACUACUGCCGUGCUGGCUCAACCUUUAUAUUUUCGCACAUAGGCUUAUGCAGCCUCGUUUUUGGCUACACUGUCAUGGGAGCUUUCACCUUCAUGGCUCUUGAAGCUGAAAAUGAGCGCCAGAAGAGGAUUCAAAUGAGGGAAGAGGAAGAACAUCUUAUCGAACAGCUUUGGUUAUUGACUGUAAGUGGAGAAAUUAUCAACGAGAGUAUCUGGUUUGAAAAUGCCACGGCAACACUCAAGAAAUAUGAGAUGAGUUUAGUGAAAGCUAUGAAGAAGGAUGGCUAUGAUGGCAAUGAUGAUAUUACAACGCAACAGUGGUCUUUUUCUGGAGCUUUACUCUAUUCUGUCAUAGUUAUCACAACGAUCGGUUAUGGCAACAUCGCGCCAAAAACAAACACGGGAAAGAUAGUGACUAUCUUAUAUGCCAUUGUGGGAAUUCCUUUACUUCUUUUGUGCCUUUCAAACAUAGGAGAUGCCAUGGCUCAUUCUUUUAAGUUCAUAUAUUGGAAAGUGUGUUGCUAUUUAUGUUCUAGUCCAAAAACCCAUCAUCACAGAAGAAGUCGAUCCAACAGAUCUAGUCGAUAUCCAUCAGAAGCUAGAACUCUUCAAGGGGCAAUUGGUGGACGAGAUUUGGAACCUUUCAGCCCUCUCAGUUCGUAUAAUGGUCAAUUAAAUAGUAUGGAUAGACAGAGGGGAUACCUUACUUCUAGUUCAUUACACCAUUCACUGCCUAGACAAGCCCAGUACCAUACUUCAAGAGAAGCUGAAGUAUCAGAUGCAUACACGGUUCCAAUAAUAUCCAACAAGUACGCAUUGCACCCAAUGGAAAGUGCUGACAUUCCCGAUCAUCCAAUGCACCGCUACAACGCCCUCGAUUCCUCGCCCUAUCGGUCUGGUGGAACCAUAGUUAGACAACCAACUUCAGUCACCAACAGAAUUCAAGAACCACUGUCUGCAUUUACACCUUUGAACGAUGAACUAAGCUUCGAGGCAACUUCUACAAUCAGCAGCGAGAAAGACGACGACGAGCAAGAAGUUAGCGUACCCAUCACCCUUUGUAUUUCUAUAGUAGUUGGGUAUAUUUGUGGUGGUGCCAUUUUAUUUUCGUACUGGGAGGGUUGGGACUAUUCAGAUAGUUGCUAUUUCUGUUUCAUAACUUUGACGACAAUAGGAUUUGGUGACAUGGUGCCGGGAACUGCAGUUUUGUCAGAGGAGUCACAGUUGGCUUUAGGAUUGUGCUCUUUAUACCUACUUUUUGGAAUGGCCCUUUUAGCCAUGUCUUUUAACUUAGUACAAGAAGAGGUCACUAAAUCAGUUCGAACGAUAGGUAAAAGAAUUGGUAUUUUGUCAGAUGAAGAUGACGACGAUGAUGAAAUAUGAGCUACUUUAAUACACAGUACACCGUAAAAGUACCUGGACUCGGUGUGCCGGUACUUUUUAUAAUAAAGUCCAUUUUUACCAGAACAUAUUACGGAACAAAAAAUCUGAUAUAGCGUAAUUUUAACAGCAUUAAUUCCCCUAAAAUCCCUGAAUCACUCUAAUUAAAUAAAUAUUAUGAAACAGUAUAAUUGUAAAUAUUAUGGUAAAAUAUUUUACUAUAAAAAUGGAUUUUACGGAUGAUGCAGGUACUUUAUAUCCUACUUUGAUCCGGAAUUUUUUAUAGUGUACGGCAACUCUAGUCCUGUUUGUGUACUUGUUGAACUUUCACAAACUUGUUUUUGUAUUUUAGUUUUAUGAAAGAAUUAUUUGAACGUUUGUAUAGCAAUGUUUCGUUAGACCUUUUCUGAUAUUUCGUAGUAAUAACGAAAUCAUUUUAAAUUGUUUUUGAAACUGUAAUUCGUCCAUCUGUAUCGAAGAUAAUGUUUUUAAAGCCCAAUUAUCAAAUUUUUUAUUUAAAAAAUCUCUGUGUUUGUUCAAAUAUUUUUCGAAACUUUACAAAUAUUAAAUAUUAAUUUCUAAUGAGUUUUGAUGGUGGAAUGCAUAUUCGUUUUAGGUACAUACAUUUUAUCAAAGUGUUUAAACCAAUCUUGGCAUCAUUAUUAUUAAAAAAAAUCUGUACUCUGGUAUUCAAAAUUAUUUGAAUUAAAUGCAAUUUCGUACUAAACACAAUUAUAUAUUAUCAAUUUUAUAUUCCUAUUAUCUAUUUAAUAUUUCUAUUAUCUUUUUCAUAUUCGUAUUGCCUAAUUAAUAUGUUUAAAUGCAUUCUUACUGUUCUUAAAAUAAAUAAAGUUUAUAAUAAUUCUUAUAAAUAUUUAUAAUAAUAUGUGUACGUACUUAUAUUUCCAUAUCAAACUUAGAUACGAUUAUUAAACACAAUUAUAUAUACCAAGAAUAUUUAAAUAUAAUAGCAACAUAAAUGUUGCUAUAAUAUUUAAUAUUUAUAUAAUAUUAAUAAUAUUUAUAUAGCAACAAACAGUGCUAGCAACAUAAAUUCAUAAUUUUAAAAUAUUAUAGCUAGCAACAUAAAGCAAUAUUAUAUACAAUAUUAAGCAAGGCUUACAAUAGACAUGAAAAAUUGUUCCGUCAUAAAAUUGCAACUGUUUUAAUUUUGUUAUAUUUGAAAUAAAACUUUUCAAACACUGA